AGAUAGAGAGAGAGAAAAAGUAAUGAGAAACCGACAGAGAGUUUCAAAAAGCAAAGAGAGGGUGACAGAGAGAGAGAGAAAGAGAGGGAGGUUUGGGAUUUAGAUCGUGCAGCAGCGGGAGAGAGAGACAGAGAGAGAGAGAGAGAGAGAGAGAGAGAGAGAGAGAGAGAGAGAGAGGGGAGGGGAAAAGUUGGACACGGACAAUCUUGCAGUAACUUUUUUCUUCUUUCCUUUCUCCGUGGAAGAAGCCUCAAGAAAAAAAACAGUCAAGGAGACAAAAACCACACUGGAUUACAUUUGACUGUAUCUGCAUCGUCCCGCAAGACUUCCACUCUGGUCCUUGGAUACGUACGCGCAUUUAUUUACGGAUUAAUGUGGUCGCAACUUUGUGGACUGAUCAGUAGUUGAAGCUGGUGGCUGAGGUGAGGUGAGGUGUUUACGGAGGAGUGAAACCAUGUGGCUCCUCUGCUGCUCUCUGACUCUGCUGGCCCUCAACUUCGGAUCAUGUGACACGUUGACGUCAGAGGAAGAUGUACAAUGCCCAUCUUUACAAGUGGAUGAGUGGAAGUUUCCUCAGACGGCCAGACACAAUAUCACUGGUUUUAAUCUGGUGAGGCGAUUCUCCCUGCUCAAGAGUCCAGAUGUCAAGAAGAUCCGCAACCCUCGAGGACCUGUAAUCCUCCGCCUGGGCAAGACAGCACUCCUACGCCCAACCGAUCAGGUGUUCCCGCAUGGCAUACCUGAGGAGUUCACCUUGAUUUUCACCCUGGCUUUAAAGAAGGCUGCCCUGAGGGACACCAUCUACCUCUUCCAGAUAUCUGAUCAGCAGGGAUACCCACAGCUCUCUGUAGACUUCAAUGGCCCCGAUGGCACCCUGUCCCUGAGAGCCAAAGGGGUAGACCCUGAUAGCGACCUGGUGAGCUGUGUUUUCAACGGGGAGGGGGUGGAGGCCCUGAUGGACCUGCGUUGGCAUAAGGUGGCCCUCAGCGUGCAACAAGGAGCCGCCUCCCUCCACGUGGACUGCAGCUCCAUAGAGACCAAGCCCCUGGACCCCCGUGGAGUUCUACCCAUUGACGGACACACUCUGCUGGGCAUUCGGGCUUCUGAUGCUGGGCCUGUGCAGAUCGACAUUCAGCAGGUGAUGCUGUAUUGUGACCCAUCCAUUGCCAUUCAGGAGGCCUGCUGUGAGAUACCUGGGGCUCGGUGCCCUCCUGAUGCUCCCAAGAGCCGUCGCGCUGCUGAGAAUGACCUAUUGGAGAACACAUUUAACCAGGAGAUUUUUGCAUCCAAGGAUCUGGCAGAGAAAUGUGCUGGUUGUUUACUCCUGAAUAGGGAAGAAAAUGUAGUACAUUUUGGUGGGGCUGCUGGAUUGAAAGGAGAAAAAGGUGACCGGGGUGAUGACUGUUCUGGCACCCAUUCAGGUCCAUGCACAGAGGGACCCAAGGGCCAGAAGGGAGAGAGAGGCGAGCCGGCGAUGCCCGCCAACUGGGGCGAAGCAGCCGGGUACAAGGGAGUAAAAGGUCAGAAGGGAGAGCUCGGUCCACAGGGUCUCACAGGCACUCCAGGGAGGGAUGGUCGAGGAGGGUCCGUCUGUGUGGUUGGCCCUAAGGGACAGAAGGGUACUCCAGGUAUGGUAGGUCCUGAAGGGCUGGCUGGGGAGCCAGGGAAGCCUGGACGUCCAGGCCUGCCAGGAGUUGGAAAGCCAGGCCUACCAGGCCCUCCUGGUGAACCGGGUGGUGCAAAGGGAGAUAAGGGCAAUGCAGGGCCUGCAGGAGAAGAUGGAUUCCCAGGAGAUCCAGGACCAAGAGGACCAGCAGGGUCUAAAGGAGAGAAGGGUGACCCAUGCGAAGUGUGCCCUGUGCUGACUGCAGACAUGGGAAACACAGUGGCUCUGCAAGGGAAGCCUGGCCCUAAAGGAGAGCCUGGGUUACCAGGGAUAGGAGAGAUAGGGCCUCAAGGUGCAGAUGGCAAGGCAGGACAGAAGGGAGAACCCGGAUCAGGUGGCACCAAAGGAGAAAAGGGAGAGUCGUGUUCUGUGUGUCCCACUCUCGGAGAGUUACCCGCUAACCUCAUGCCCAAUGUUGCAACCCACACCUUGCAACUGAAGGGAGAGAAGGGAGAGCCUGGGGUUGGACAGAAAGGAGACCAAGGGGAGCCAGGAAAGGAAGGAUCACCUGGCCUUAGAGGAGAGAAGGGUAGUGCAGGCAGCAAAGGAGCUGAUGGUAAGCCGGGAAAACCUGGACCAAGGGGACCCAGUGGCAAGGAUGGACAGAAAGGCGCACAGGGAGAGCAAGGGCUGCCUGGUCUUGGUCUCACUGGCCUAAAGGGUGAGAAGGGCGAGUGCGGCGUGUGCCAGCCAGCAGAGGUUGGCAGUGGACCUGCCGGUAUCAAAAUGCCUGAGGGAACAAGAGGCAAGCAAGGGGAACAGGGCCCUCCAGGGCCACCCGGACCUCCAGGUCUCGGAGCUGAUGGCAAACAGGGCCCGCCAGGUCUUGCUGGUGUAAAAGGAGACAAGGGUGAACAAGGAGACCGAGGAGAUAAUGGAUUUGAUGGAGCUCCUGGAGCCCCAGGACUGGCCGGAGAACCUGGUCGGGAUGGACUAAUGGGCUUGAAGGGAGAGAAGGGUGAUGCUUGUACCAGCUGUCCUUCUCUGGGCACUGCAGUGGGUGAUGGUGUAGCAGUGCCAGGCCCCAAAGGAGAGAGAGGAGACCCUGGUCCCCCAGGAGAAGGGAAGCCUGGCAAAAAUGGAAAACCAGGCUUACCAGGUGUGCAGGGACCUGCCGGGCCCAAAGGGAGCCAGGGAGAAACUGGAGUUGCAGGAGUCGGCCUGCCAGGACCUCAAGGUGAAGAGGGACCAAGAGGGCUGCCAGGACUUGUUGGACCUCCUGGAGUCACAGGAUUGCCUGGCCCUAUUGGCCCUGCAGGGGAAAAGGGCUACAGAGGAGAUGACGGGCCUCCAGGACCACAGGGGCCUGUGGGCAUUGGAGUAGAAGGGCCCCCGGGUAAAGAUGGAACCCCUGGCUCUAUGGGUUCACCAGGAGCUGAUGGCAGACCUGGACUUGAUGGAGCUAAGGGGGACAAGGGUGAACCUGGAGUGUGCAACUGCAUAACGUCGAUGCACACAGGCAUAGGCGGACCUGGAGCUCCAGGAACUCAAACAAACUCGUGGCAGCCCGGGCCUCAGGGCCCACCAGGACCUCCUGGGCCCCCUGGUCCACCUGGGCCACAGGGUUUUACUGGAAACCAAGGACUCCAGGGUAUCCCCGGAAACGACGGGAUACCGGGGAAACCGGGUUUGCCUGGAUACAUCAAUCCCAUUGGACCACACCAGCUGCCUCAAGACUCCACUGGAGGAGUAGAGGAUGAAGACUGUGAUGGGGGCUGCUCCCAAGGGUUGCCAGGGGUGCCGGGUCUAUCUGGUGCCAAGGGUGAAAAAGGAGAUCAGGGCAAGCCUGGUGUAACCCCCUUGGACAGCUGUGACAGGUGUUUGGAGAGACUGCAGAGGGAGCAGGCGACAGAAGCAGUGCGUGACCAAUCAUGCACAGGAACACCUGGGGUACCAGGAAUGCCUGGAUCACCAGGAAUAAAAGGAGAGCCAGGUACACGAGGUGAGAGAGGCCAAGCUGGAAUACCAGGUAACAUGGGACCUCCUGGUUUCCCAGGUGAACAGGGUCGACCCGGUUUACCUGGUCAGCAGGGUGAGCGAGGGGAACCUGGCCUCCCAGGAUCGAAGGGCGAGCAGGGCCCUCCUGGGACGUCAGGCUACCCAGGAACCAUGGGACCACCUGGACUGCCUGGGCUGAAGGGUGAACGUGGGAGCCCAGGAAGCAGUGGUCAGAAAGGAGAAUCAGGUCCUCCUGGUAACCCUGGGUAUCAAGGACAGGCUGGCUCACAGGGUAUCAAAGGAGACACAGGACCAGCAGGGCCUGCUGGUGCCAAAGGGGAUCAGGGUUUCCAAGGACAAUCAGGCUUCCCAGGACCACCGGGUGCACCGGGUCCCGCCGGCAAACCUGGAAGGGAAGGGCUCCCUGGGCUCAAAGGUGAAAGGGGAAAUGAUGGUGUUCAAGGGUCUCAGGGAUCAUCUGGACCCCCAGGUCGACCAGGCUCCCCAGGAUUGAUGGGCCCCCCUGGCAUUCUAGGAAUGGAUGGGAAAGAUGGUAAACCAGGGACGCGGGGAGAGACAGGCCCUCCAGGCCCUGCAGGACCAAGAGGAAUCCCAGGAUUCAAAGGGAAAACUGGCCAUGUUGGUUUCCCUGGACAGAAGGGUGAAGCUGGACCUACAGGUCCACCUGGAGCACCAGGCAGACCGGGACAUGAGGGUGAUCCCGGUACCCCAGGAGCUCAGGGGCGACCUGGACCCUCCGGCCACAUUGGUUCUACAGGUCCAGCUGGACCUCCAGGACCUCCUGGUCCAUCAGGAGUGGGAAUAAAGGGAGAUAAAGGCCAGUCAGGUGAGAGAGGACUCCCAGGGAUGGUAGGACCCCCAGGACCUCCUGGACACCCAGGUUCCAUGGGUGAGCCAGGCAAUGAUGGCGCUGCUGGUAAAGAUGGAGCGGCAGGACUACCAGGGGACAACGGGCAGCCAGGUCAGAAGGGUGAGCCUGGGGCCGCAGGCCAGAGGGGUCCUCCAGGGGAGAGAGGCAGACCAGGACCUCCUGGUGGUGGAGCAUUCCACUCCAAAGACGCACAGCCCAUGAUAGGCCCAGUCGGACCCAGAGGGGAGAGGGGAAGCCCAGGCUCAUCAGGGGCCCCCGGGCUCCCUGGACCUCCAGGGUCACCAGGAAAUGAUGCUGUAGUCAAUUAUGAUGAAGUCAAAAACUUCAUCAGACAGCAGGUCAUUAAGAUCUUUGAUGAGAGAAUGGCCUACUACAUGUCGCGCAUGCAAAUGCCAGUAGAGAUGGUAGCAUCCCCAGGUCGGCCUGGGCCCCCAGGGAAAGACGGUUCUCCAGGUAAUCCUGGGCUUCCGGGUUCUCCUGGCCUCCCAGGACAGAUUGGCAGACAAGGCCGACCAGGAUCCCAAGGACCUCCAGGACCACGAGGACCACACGGAGAAAAGGGAGACAAGGGUAUUGGAGAGAUGGGAGAUGUAGGACCUCCAGGAGCACCAGGUAUCCCAGGCCCUCCUGGCUAUGGUAAGAUGGGUCCCCCAGGUCCUGUUGGCCAGCAGGGCGUUCCUGGGAUCCCAGGACCUCCUGGACAGACUGGUACAAAGGGAAAGGAUGGCCGGUGUAAUCCUGGAGACUGUAUGAGCCAUCAAGUAGAAUACAGCCCCAAGGGCCCACCUAUGAAGGGCCCCUGGUAGAGGGCAAGAGGUGAUGGAGGAGAGGGGCUGGGUGGAGGGGCUGAAGCAAAGACACUAUGGAAAAGACAAAGCCAAAGGCCAUGACCCAAAGUUAUUGAAUUUGAUGAUAUAAAGGAGCAGCCACUGUUGUUGAGUUGUAUAAAUGUACCCACACAGGUUUGUACUAUAGUUCUGAGCAAAAAUCCACAAUUUUGUUCUAAAGGCCCCACUGGAACUGAGGCCUGCAAAGACGCACCAGCAGCACAUUUUUAUUGCACCAUUCCUUUUCCUUAUGAAUGCCAAUUCACUGCUAUAUUACUGCCUCUUAUUUUCUCACUGUGUUUCACUCCUUUUGUACAUUUUCAAACAACCCAGGGGAGGUGACAAGAAUCACAAUAUGUAUUUUCUUCUCCUUGAUUAAUUCUGGCCUCUGUUGUUUUUGUUUUUUUCCUUUUGUUUUUUCUUCUUUUCAUUUUCUAAAUCUGUAGGAAGAGAAUACACACAAUUAUUGUAGCACUUUGCUUCCACCUCCCAUAUCUUUGUUCCUUUGUCACAGAAUCCCAUUCGAAGAGCAUCCCAUGCAUUUCUAAUAUUCUGUCUCAGUGCCUGAGGUGUGAUACAUAUUCGAAUUUGACUUGUAAGAGAAUAUCCCUAGAAAUGCAUUUCAGUUCUGUGGCAACAGAAGUCAAAAACUUGCAUUCAUACCUUCUUUGAUGGAUUGACUGUUUUGUAUAUAUUUAUAUUUAUAUAUAUAGUGGCUUUUGAUACUUUUUGAUAAAAGGCAUACGCAUGUUUAGCCACGUAUUUUUUACUGUCAAAUGUUAUACGGCAACAGAAAAAAAUGCCAAAGGGAUAUUUUUCUAAGUUCUAUAAGCUUUCAAAAGGAAUAAUAUGUUCAGUAAAAGACAAAUUAUUUAUAGAAGAAAAUUGCGCUUACAUAAGAAAGCAUAUUGGCUUUGUCAUUAUUUUGCUAAACUUCAUUUUGUGUAAUUUUAACUCCAGUCUGUUAGGAAAUGCAGCCAUUUUAAAGCAUCUCAUCUCAUUUUAUAUUCCAAAGUAGCUGUAAUAGCCAUCUGUCUGCUUCACAAGGCACUUGUUUAAGAAAAUAUGAGCAAUAAUUGAGCCUAUUCACCACAGGUACUGUAAUACAACACGCUGAGUACAGCCAUCGAGAAUCGCAUGUAAAAAUGAGGAAAAUGUUUGGAAAAGCAUCACAUAUGGCUUUUUUUGUGUGAAAUGGUGCUGUAUUUUGGGGUUUUCUAUCUAUUGUUUUUGUCACUUAUAUAUUUGGAAGUCUCUGGAGUUUUAAAUCAUUACCAUCUCUUACCAUCUACAUUGGCAGUUUAAAACUAUGAACCGUGGUCAGACUUUUGUUAAUCACAAGCUAACCCAUGGGAAAUAUUAAGCUUAACACUGCGUUUCAAAGAGGCUUUAUCAUGUGGUUAUUAUAACCUGUGCUGUAACACUAUUCAAAUUCUGUUUUUCAUCCAUGGAUGGUUUAUGAGACAGUGGGGCCCCUGGGCACAAACAUGUAAAAGACCCCCCACCUCUUAGGAGCACAUCCAGAGUAAAGUCAAAGUUGUGUGCCUUUUUGCAGUUGUUUUCUCUCUUUGUGGUUGGUUAAUGUAUUUUUGUUGUGGUUUAAUGUUUCUUUAUGGUCGAUUUGUGUCUCUUUGUUGAUGGUCUGCAUUGCUUUGUGGACUUUUGUGUCUCUUGUGGUUGUUUUGUGCCCCUUUUGUGGUUGUUUGAUUGACUCUCUAACAAGAAAUGUUAACUGUCACUUCAAACAGAGGUUCUGGCCCAAGGGCCCACUGACCUCUUGUGUCCCGGCAGGCCCGUUCAGCAAUCCAUCAACUCUACCUGUGCAUGUGUCGCUUUACUGUCAUUGUUGCGAAAUCCGAUGUGCAUUAUAUAUGUUGUUUUAUGAAACAUUUGAGAAAAAAAAACAUACAUUUUGAAAGCAGAA